AAAAAUUAUUUCGUCGUCAUCGUCGUUUAAAGUUUUUAAUACGUAUUAUUUAAAAAAGAAAAUUUUUUUAAAAUCGUUUUUUUUACGGUUUAAUAAAACCGACGUCAUGACGAAGCCGGUGUGACGUAAUGGAAAGAAUAGGCGGAUGGCGCCUGCGCUCUGUUGUCAAGGUAACGGACAGGUAAGAGGGAAAGGUGACGACAAACCAGGCGAGUCCGUUCCGGGAGAUUGAACAGCAAAGAUUGUCCGUUUCUCCUCGUUAAACGAUGGAAAGUUACGAAUACGAAGACAUACCCGAAAUCGAACUGAUUAUAAAGGCUUCCACAAUAGAUGGAAGAAGAAAGGGCGCCUGCCUUUUUUGCCAGGAAUAUUUUAUGGACCUUUAUCUAUUGGCGGAAUUAAAAACCAUAGCUUUAAAGGUAACUACAGUCGACAUGUUAAAACCACCGUCGGAUUUCCGUUCAAAUUUCGACUCGACUCCUCCUCCCAUUCUCAUCGAUAAUGGACAGGCUAUACUUGACAACGAAAAAAUUGAACGAUACAUCAUGAAAAACGUACCAGGUGGACAUAAUCUUUUUGUGCGAGAUAAGGAUACUGCUAACGUCAUUGAAAACUUGUACAGUAAAUUUAAAUUACUUUUAACAAAAAGAGAUGAUCAGUCAAAGAGAGCAUUGUUGAAUCAACUGAAGAGAAUAGACGUCCAUCUCGGAAGAUCCGACGAACGCUUUUUAACGGGGAACGCCAUGUGCUGUUUCGAUUGUGAAUUAAUGCCGAGAUUGCAACACAUCAGAAUUGCAGGGAAAUAUUUUCUUAACUUUGAGAUACCGACAAGCCUAAAAAAUCUGUGGAGAUACAUGUACAAUAUGUAUCAGUUAGAUGCCUUCACCCAGUCGUGUCCAGCUGAUCAAGACAUCAUCAACCAUUAUAAACUUCAGCUGGGUAGCAAAAUGACAAAGCACGAAGAAUUGGAAUUACCAACUUACACAAAUACAGUUCCUGUCAAAUAAAAUAUUCGGCCUUUGAGGAGUUGCUCGGAAUUUUAUCGAAAGAACUAUAUCAAAUGUUAUAUAUUUGUUUUAUACAUUUUAAAACUAAUAUAAAUUAUAUGAAUUUUCAUAUUUUUACGAAUUCUUAAGAAUAUCUCAGCUCUUCUCUGCAAGUAGAAAAUAUUCUACGAUUCAGUUUCUCUCGGGAGGGCCAGUAUUACCGAAUAACAUGCUUGAAUGCAAUUUUCAAUGUAAUAAGACUUUUAGGAAGAAUUUUUACACAUUUGUAAUGCAUUAAUUUUUUUAUUCUACACAUAAAUGGUUGGCUUUUGCAAUAAUAAACAACAGUAGUUAUAGAAUUGUAUAUCUAGAAUAAUUUUGUAAGUUUGGCUUUGUCCAUAUUUAGAUCCUACUCUAGCACUGCAAGUCUUCAAAAUUAAAAUAUCUCUAACUGCAUUAACCUAUCGCACAUUUAAAACAUCAUUUUAAUUGGAAACAUUAAUAUAUAGAACAUUUAAAAGGGACUUUUCUAACAAGACUUUCUUAAAAUAUAUUUCCGUUCAGUGAUUUGCAGUCAUGUCUCUCUAUCUAGUACAAAGUAAUUCUAGAGCUGCUUUUAAAUUUUAAACUAACUUUUAAUUAAUAUUUUUGUUAAUUUUAUUAUUUUAAUAUUUGAGAAGUAAUAUAUAAAAAUACUAUUCAGAUUUGCAUGAAAAAUGUGAUAGCAAACAAGUAUGUUCAUUGUACAAAUACUGUAAAACAAUGGAAUUAUUUUUGUAUCCUAUUUCAUUAUAAUAAAUGUUUAAAAAACCACCACUUUUUCAUAUUUUAUUU